CAUGACCAAGCCAAAUUUGACACCAAGCCUCACAAGAAGACAUUGAGGUUGGGUCCUGAGCUUUUUUCAAGUCUACAAAAACUGGGAAUGAGUGAGAGGCUGGAGCUGGAUCCCAUUAAUCUUCUCACACGGGGUUAUGUGGAAACUGAUUUAAACUUCCUGCCCGAGUAGGAUUGUGUGAGACUUCUGUAAUUCUGUAAAGGUCAACGUCUUGCCCUUGCAUUAAGUCUGUGAGGGUCUCUGAAAAAUGAACCUAACAUUUAACGCUGUGAGCAGGGUUCCAACAUCUAUGGAGGUCGUACGUGGAGGACUGAAUAAGUGAUCAUUCGCGUGUCGGUGACAUGAGACAGACGGGCCCACGAGAGCUCGAUACUACCAUCUUGUUCCUAAAUAUAGCAAUGGCUCCUUGGAACCCAGUGUGUCUAAUACCAGCAUUGAGAGGCACUCAGGUGGCGCAGGGCAGACUGGGCUUGGAAAUUCGGGGAACACCUGCUACAUGAACUGCAUCUUACAGUGUCUCUGCAACACCACUCCACUGGUGGAGUGUUUCAUAACUGGAGCUUAUGCAGAUGAUCUAAACAGAGGGCGGGGAGAGCUAUCCAAUGCAUUCUCAGCUUUAGUCAUGGACAUGUGGCUCGGCGACUGUGUUUAUAUCUUUCCUGAUGAAGUGAAGCGAGUCCUUGGCAAAUUGCAUGCAUCGUUUUCUGAUGGUACACAACAGGAUGCUCAGGAACUGCUGCUUUUUUUCCUAAAUGUUCUUCACAAUGACCUUAAGAGAUCUACAGGAGUGAGAAACAUGGAAACAUCAAUUGUUACAAAGCUGUUUCAGGGCCAGCUGAGCUAUGUCAAAUUGUGUCUGAAUUGUUACCACAAAUCUAGCCAAACUGAGAAUUUCCUGAGCCUGUCUCUGCCGAUGCCUCCUGACAGCAGAUGCUCCAUUCAGGAUUGCCUUCGAUUAUUCUUUAAAGAAGAAGUUCUCAGCUCCAGGGAUCAACCUUUCUGUUCCUUUUGUGGGAGGAAGCAGGACCAGACAGAAAGUAUCCAACUGCUGAAAGCACCUGAUAUUAUUAUCAUACACCUGAAACGCUUUGAAUCUGAUGAUCAUGGCAAUAGGAAACUGACUAGUACUGUGACCUUUCCACUUGAAGAUCUAGAUCUGUCCCAAUAUACAACAAAUCCAUCAGUGCAACAACUGAAGUAUCAUCUUUAUGCAGUUGUGAAUCAUACAGGCACUUUAGACAGUGGUCACUACACUGCAUACUGCAAGAAUCCAGUUACACAGAACUGGCAUGAAUUCAAUGAUGCAAAAGUGACCAGCAUUUCUGAGCAGAAGAUCCAGUCACCAGCUGCUUAUGUUCUUUUCUAUAAUUGUGUCAAUUUUCAGUGGGCGCAGUAAUACUAUCUCAGACUACAACAAUAAACUGUUUCCCUAUAGUCCAGUUUUCAUUCUGUACUUGCCUAUGAGGGCA